GAUGGAGCCGGGGGUGUUUGUGGGCGAAAGCGGCCGCCAGGCAGCCCGGGGGUCCGGCUCCAGCAGGGUCCCGUGCAGGAAUUUUGCCCGUGGAGCCUGCAAAUGGGGACAGAACUGCAGAUUUUCCCAUGAUCGGAAAAUGACUCAGACUCAGAUCUGUAGAUAUUUCCAGAAUGGGUUCUGUGGCUAUGGAGACCGCUGCAGCUACCAGCAUAUCUCGGAAGUACCAGCCUUGACCAGAUGUGGUUCAGAGUCUGCCUUCCAUGGAUUACAGGGAGGUGUGAUUUCACUGAACCGCCGGGGCUCAGAGCCAGCCAUCUUGCCAGAAGCGUCUGUGACGAGUUGGGGGGGAGCCCGGCGUGGCUCUGAACCGGCUGUCUCGAGCGUGGCACAGCUACAGAGGAACUUUGGAAGCCUGAGCAUGUCACUUGAUGAGGAAGAGGAAGACAAGGAAAAAGUGAUCACUGCCUGGCAUCCGCCGAACUGGGCUCUCAGCAAAGAAUUUGUCCCCAGGCAGACUCCUUCUGGCUCUCGGCCCCAUGAACAUAAAGUGGACACUGCAUCCCUAGAGACAGAAGAUGCAUCUACUAAGGAGCCACCUCCUGCCUCUGUUGCCAUACAAGAGUCAAAGGCCGCUGGUGGCUCAGGAGCUGCUGCAGCAGCAAUAGAGAAGAGUGAGGAUGUGGUAUGUGGCAUCUGCAUGGACAAAGUCUAUGAAAAGACCUUACCUGAGGAGCGUUUAUUUGGUAUCCUUCCUAACUGCAGCCAUGCCUAUUGUGUGGGCUGCAUCCGGAAGUGGCGGAAAAGUCGGGACUUUCAAAAUGCAGUGAUAAAGGGCUGUCCAGAAUGCAGAGUCACUUCAAGUUACUUCAUUCCUAAUAAGUAUUGGGUCUCUGAUACAGAUGAGAAAGAAAAGCUGAUAGAGACUUUCAAGGCACGGACUGGCAAAAUAAGAUGCAGAUACUUUGUCAGAGGCAAUGGUCACUGCCCCUUUAAGUCAGAGUGCAUUUAUCUUCAUGAGCUUCCUGGAGGCCAAGUCCCUGUGCCGCGGCCACGACGGAGACCGGAUCGGCGGAGGCGGCAACCCAUCAUCUACAACCUAUCUCCAUCUGAAAGCUCUGAUGAGGAUGAGAACGACAUAUACCUCGUCCAGUGGGCUCUUACCAUUGCGCUGUUAGAGAGAGACUCCGAUUUUUCAGACUUCCUGUUUUGGGAUUCCAGCGAUUCUGACUAGGCGACAAUGGCCAAAUCAUUGGAGGCUGCAUAGCUGAUUCUGGGAACAAUUUCCAUGACCCAAGACAUGGUGCUUGGGGAUGAAGAGUAUAGAGAUGAAAGAUGGCUUUGACUUUUAAUAGGCUUAAUUUAUGGUGGGUCUUGUAGUAUUUGGCUGGAAACCAGAAGUUGAGAGCAUGUAGUGCAAAGACCCAUUUCAUGCUGGGGAGGCCUCCUGAUUCACAGGG